AUGUCCAACAACGCGCCGUCCGCCAACACCACACUGCUACUCAGCGUCGCCGUCGCUGCUCUCACGCUCGCAUGGGGCGGGACCAUGGGUCUCCUCCUCGGCCUGCACCUCCAGCAGCAGCAGCAACCGGCAGCGUCGUCGGCCAACAGCGAGAGCAAGGACGGCAAGCGCACUGUCGACAACCAAGAGCCGCGCCGUGACCGCGUCGAGUCGCGCCGAGGACGCGAGACGUCCAUUACGAACGGCGAAGACGUCAAGCUCAUGGACAAGCAUGCGCUCGUCGACGUACGUAUCGCCGAAAUCCGCCCGCUUCUACCGCCCGCAUGCCUCCUCGAAGAGAUUCCGCGCACGGUUGAAAUUGCUCGCACGGUCAACAAGGGUCGCCAGGGCGUCGCCAACAUCCUUCGCCGCGUGGAUGACCGCCUUGUCGUCGUCGUCGGCCCCUGCUCGAUCCACGAUGUGGAGGCGGCCAAGGACUAUGCUGCCAAGCUGAAGCCGAUCCAAGUAGCGAUGGAGAAGGAUCUGCUCAUCAUCAUGCGCGUGUACUUUGAGAAGCCGCGGACGACGGUCGGCUGGAAGGGCUUGAUCAACGACCCGGACAUUGAUGGCACGUUCAACAUCAACAAGGGUCUCCGCGUCGCGCGUGAGCUCCUCGCCGAGAUCAACGAGAUGGGCCUCCCGGCGGGCUGCGAAUUCCUCGAUACGAUUUCGCCGCAGUUCUUUUGCGACCUUGUGAGCUGGGGCGCGAUCGGCGCGCGCACGACCGAGUGCCAGCUCCACCGCGAGCUCACGUCUGGUCUCUCGAUGCCCAUUGGCUUCAAGAACGGCACGGGCGGGUCGCUGCAAUUGGCCGUCGACGCUGUCGUCUCGUCGGGCCACCCGCACUGCUUCCUCUCGGUCUCGUCGCAGAGUUUGGCGGCGAUCGUCAAGACGACGGGCAACGACUGCUGCCACGUCAUUCUUCGCGGCGGUAGCACCGGCCCUAACUACGCGGCCGAGCAUGUCGAGAAGGUGUCGGCGCUCCUCAAGAAGGUCAACCAGCCCCAAAACGUCAUGGUCGACUGCUCGCAUGGCAACUCGAACAAGGACCACAAGAACCAGCCGCUUGUCGCUGCCGACCUUGCGCGUCAGAUUGCGGCGGGCAACGACCGCAUUUGCGGCAUCAUGCUCGAGUCCAACAUUGUCGAAGGCGCGCAAAAGCUCAUUCCGAACGCGCCGUUGGUCUAUGGCCAGAGCAUCACGGACGCUUGCAUCGGCUGGGAAGACACGCUCUCGACGCUCGAAGUGCUCGCGGACGCCGUGCGCCAGCGCCGGGUCGUCAACAAGGCCAACAAGUAA